UUCGUUUUCCAGUUCAACUGUAAAUGUGGCGACCGUCUCCCAUCUUAUAAAAUGAUGCGUGACACGACCGCCAUCUUGAUAUUGGUGCUGUUGUCUUUAUGUGGAACAACUUCCGGAAAACAAAUACCACAGAAUAAUGAUUAUACACCCGUAACAGCAUGGAUGGAAUGGUCGUUUGAUCCAAUACGACGUGUUUGUAUUUUUCAUGGUACUAAUUACCAGGAAUAUAGAUAUGGUGAAAUAUUCACCAGACCGGAUUCAGGCAAAUGUUUCAGCUUUAGAUGCUCGUAUACAGGAAUCACUAUUCUUAAAGCAAUCAUGGGGUGCGAGUAUGGUGACCAAUGUAUACUAAAGAAUGGCUUUAUACAAGAGGGCUGUCUUAACUACACUUGUGGGGUCAUAGCGAAUUUUAGACAAGGAAAAUAUAUCAGAGCGAAGAGUAUGUUUCAUUUGGUAAAUGACGGAUGCUUGAAGAAUGGGGAAUGUGUUCCAUUAGGUAAAACUAUUUUAGUCGACAGUACGUGUGGAGCUCAGGUAUGCAGUAAGACCCUAACCGGAAGUUCAGCAAAUUAUUUUUUCAUUCCUAGUAACGAGGUAUGUUAUGAUACUGAGGGUUGUUAUGCAGAGGGACAUAUUAAAGAAACUGGUUCAUGUCAAGGUUUAAGGUGUAUGAAAACAACUAAUAUGACAUUCGAACCACGAACGGCAGGGUGUUUAGCUGAUGGCCAAUGUUUUCCCGAGAAGGGUUUUAGAGACACUAUAACUGGUACAACAUGCACUACAGAACAAUGCCAACUUGGUUUAGAUUUCAACCAUAGACUCGUUACAACCAAAAUACGGUGUUACGAUGACGUACGAAAGAGAUGUUUUAAUUAUAAUAUUCUCAAACGUGACCGGGAAAACUGUCGGGAUUUUAUAUGUGAGAUAAAAAAUGGCGCCGGUGUCUGGACAAAACUUGAUGCAGGUUGUAUAGGAGACGAUGGCAUCUGUGUUUUCCCAGGAGAGGGUAAUUACACUGCCGAGGAAACGGAUGGUGUUCAAAAGGAAUAUGAAUGUUUCAGAGCUACCAUCAGAGAAAACGCCUACUUAAAGAAAGUAGUUACUUGUAUAGAUGACGACGGGGAGCAUCCAGUUGGUUACACCAAACAGUACAGAGAAAAUUGCUACGAAAAAACUUGUGUGUCUGAUUUUAAAAAUGUAUCCCAGAUUUCUGGACAACUCUACGAUGGAUGGGUUUUUAGAUAUUAUGGAUGUGAUUGGGGUGGAGAACAGUGUGCUUUACCUGGUGAGAUGCGACACGAAGAGAAAACAGAUCACUGUCUCAUCACGUAUUGUACACCAAAUGAUGCUUACACCACCCCGACAUACGGGCUUUUCCCCGAGAAAGAACUCGAAUCAAAGACUGAUAAAGAAUGUAAAGAUGAAUCGGGCUGUCAAGUUAAAGGAUAUAAUAAAACCAACCCAGCCGUACCGUGUUCUAUGUUAUCAUGUGUUAUAACAUCCAGUCCCACAACCGGGGUCACAGCUUCAUUUGCUACGCUUAUAAUAGGUUGUGCAAUGCAGGGAGGCGAAUGUUUAAAUAUUGGUGACAAUAGAACGACGAACACUGAAGGGUAUUGUACUGUGUUCAGAUGUGAUGAUAAGCCACCAGUCAAUAAUGUUAUAUCACCAACUCAAAUCGUGCAAGGUUGUUGGUCUAGUGAUAAAUGUUAUGAUUCUGGUUCUAUUAUUAAUAACGAAGAUUGUAGUGAAAGUGUUUGUGAAGCAGGGUUGAGUCAGCCCCUUGAAUGGAAAAAAAGAGAUGCUUUCAAGUGUAAAAGUGAUGCAGGCUGCCACGGUAUGGGUGAUACAACAUUUGACACGACUUUGUGCAAGCAGAGACAGUGUGGAUUGGGUGGUAUCUGGGCAAUCAUUAAUUCAGGUUGUAUACAAAACACCACGUGUGUACCACAUGGUCAAGCUAUAGAUGUUGACGGUUGUACAGUCAGUGUCUGCUCUAACGGCCAAUUUCUUCUCCAAUAUAAAGGAUGUUUUACAGACACAAAUGGCUGUGUACCAGGUAAUACAACAUGGUAUAACACGGCCACGUGUAUGCGAUACACAUGUGAUAAUUACCCAAUUCCAUACGGUCCGUCAGCAGGUACAGCUCAACAAACACAAGAUUGUAAAGGACCAAGUGGUUGUAUUGCUGUGGGUGAUUUUAUUGUUGACACCAUCAGUUCGGAAUGCACAAAGAAAACCUGUUUAGCAUCGGGUCAGUUCACGGAAGAACCAUGGGUGUGUCAUGACAAUGACGGAUGCUAUGACGUGGGUUUUACCAAGAAUACCGAAGGAUCGUGUGAGAGCUUUAGUUGUUUGGAAGUAAAUAAUGUUGUAGAAUGGAAGAAAUCGAUAUGGGGUUGUGCCCAUCUUACGGGCUGCAUAGCGAAUGGUGAAAAUCGAACUGUCCAGGAAGGUUUUAGCUGUUCGACACAAGUAUGUACCCUACCAGAAGAUAUUGAUACGACGAUCGGCAACAACCCAGGCGGUGUGCCUCCAGUACUACCGACAACUACUAACUCAGGUUGUUGGAGUGAAAACGUGUGUUAUCCUGUCAAUAGUGUCCUUGAUUUGGGUCAGUGUCAGACGAAGAAAUGUGAAGAUAUCGGAAAUGGGGUGCUAGAAUGGACAGAUGAUGCUUCACAAUGUUACUUUGACGGAAAAUGUUACCAGGAUGGUGCUACAAGAAAUGAAAACUCAACGUGUGCUAUUCUGAAUUGUCAGGGUAACGAAUGGAAACCCUCAGGAGAAUCACAUGGAUGUGGAAAGGGUGGUGUUUGUUAUACAGAAGGGGAUGUCAUCGUGUCUGAUGUGAAUGAAUGUAUGGUAGAACUAUGUGAAAAUAACGCCUUGGUACAGCGAUUUACAGGUUGUUUCGGUCCACCCAGCAAACGAUGCUUAUCAACUAAUGAAACGUAUGUUGAUGAACAAACAUGUUCUACUUACCAUUGUACACCGAAAAAAGAAGUAUAUUUUUUAAUUCCACCAACACCGAUAACAGGCACAGGGUGCAGCGAUACCACUGGAUGUCAUACAGUUGGUUUCCAAUCUGAGCUAAUUCCUCAGACAUGUUCUCGUUCCACGUGUACAUCCGGGGGCAAUUGGGUUGAUGUCAAGACAGCAUGUGAGAGUGAAUCUAUGUGUCAUGAAAUUGAUACGUUACAGCCAGUUGAAAGCAGGGAUCCAACUUGUUUCAGAAGAAGAUGCCGAUUUGAAACUAAUUCCGGAUCUACGUUUCCGGAACCAGUAUGGGAAUUUGUCCAGUUUGGUUGUAUCUAUGGAGACAACUGUAUGACGUAUGGUUCAAACCUCACAUCUCAGACUGGUCAGGAAACAUGUCAUCACGUGGUAUGUUCGUCACAGGAGAGAACAUGGAAGAGCGAAGAAAAUGCGACGAAUCUGGUGCAAGGGAUUGUUCAGUAUCAGGGAUGUUAUUUCGAGGAUAAAUGUUACAGUAGUGGGGCGAUGAUUUUUGACAAUGAGUGCUCGAAUAUCACUUGUAUGGAGACCUCGACUAAUACUUAUCAAUGGGACCGAUUUACAUAUUACGGAUGUAGAUAUGGUGGUGAAUGUUUCAGCCCAGGUGUAAAAUGGGUAAAUGCCAAUGGAUUACAGUGUACAUGUUACCGUGGUCUUGGGCCAGUUUGUGCAUAAACCAAUUAAAUAUUGUAAAACCAAAUCAGAGAUAAAUAAACUAUGUCACUUUA